AUGAAGGUAAAGAUUGUGAUCCAGGUGACCAUGCCGGACGCCAGGAGCCGCUCCCGGGCCAUGGAGGUGGCCGCCAAAGCAAACGGGGUGAGCACGAUAGAGAUCACCGGCGACCUCAAGGACCGGCUGGAGGUGGUCGGAGAAGGCAUCGACAUCAUCUGCCUCGUCAUGUGCUUGCGCAAGAAGCUCUGCCACGCCGAGAUCCUGCAGGUGGCGGAAGUGAAGCCCGAGGAGAAGAAGAAGCCGGAGGAGAAGAAGCCUGACGAGCCCAAGCCCUGCGCGUGCCCGGGGCCGUGCCGGUGCGCCGGCGGUUAUUGCUACGCGCCGCUGCCGAUGGUUCUUUGCGAGGAGCCGCCGGCGGGCGCUUGCCGCAUCAUGUGA